AUGAAGAGGGGAGUGGGAAGCUUGGAAGAGUUCUACAGAGGCGUUGAAGAUGGUUACUACGCAUUGGAUCAACAUCUGAUCCCUCCACCAGGAAUGGCGGGCAUUGGAGACGAGGAAAUCCCUAAUGAUGAUGUAUCUGAGAUGCCUGAAGAUUCCGAUUCCUUCCUUGACAACCAAAUCCUUCAAGCCUCCAAUGAAAGCCCCGAACUCCCUGUCAACUGCCAAAUCCCUCGGGGUUUUCAAACGUCCCACCAUGGCUCUGAAAUAUCUGAUAUGGCUGAUGUUUUUGAUGUUUUCGAAGGCCCUGGCCUCCCUGGCCUCCCUGGACUCCCCGAGCAACUCGUCGAAGCUCAUCAAUCGGACGAUGAAACCGUGACGAACGAUGACCCUCGCACUUCAAUCGAUCUAUUUUCAAUACCUGGUUCUCCAUCUCCGUCACCGUCGCCGCCGCCGCCACCACCAGCCGUCAUCAGACUCUUCGAUGGGGCAACAAAGCAAUGGAUAGCGCAACAGAACAGCGACGCUUCCUCCGAACCCCCGGGUUCCUCCGCUGAAACCGCAAUCAGCGUCAAUUCCGACGAUGAGUUCGAUAUGAUCUUCACCGAGUGCAAAAGCGAAUCUUCCGGUUCAUCGCCUCCAGCUGCCUUGAAUGAGCUGCGUCUCAUUCCUGACGAGAAACCCAUUAAGGCUCUCAAGGACGAUAACAGUAGAGGCCGUUUUCCUGCGACGCCUAUCCACCCCCGUGAUCGUUACCCAGUGACAUCCAUACCCCGUGAUCGCUUCGCUGCUGAUAGGGAGAGAGUUCUAAAUUUCUGGGGGUAA